AUGAGUUUUGCACGAUCAGUAUCAUCCAAAAGCAGUAGUACUUCGACAGUUAUACCUCCAUUACCUGCUUUACCAAAAUUGCCGUCUCGUUUGCAAUCAAAACGUACAUCUAUUCUUCCAUCGACAACAAAAAAAGAAAUAAAAAUACAAGAAAAUCGAAAUGAUAUUCAAUUAUCUUCAAUUAAAAAUCAAAAUGAUCUUGAAGAUAUUGUUAAUAAUUUAUCAACAAUUGUCAAACGAUCUGAAGAAUUAUUAACACCUAUUAAACAACCACAAAUAACAACAACUAUUCGUCGUACAUCAUCAUUACAUUUAACUAAAAUUGAAUUAGAUCGACGAAAAUUUUCCAAUUCAAUCGUUAAAUCAUUUAAUGUACAUUGUAAUGUUUCAGAAAAAAAAGAAGAUCAUCAAUCUAAAUUACAUGAUUCAAUAUCAGAUCGAUUAAGUGAAUGUAAUAUAAGUGUAUCUAGUAGCAUACCACGUCGUACUUCUAUUCGAUCUUUACAUAAUGUCGAAAAAUAUUCUGGAAUUAAAUGUGCUUUACCAUCAUUUACAUCAACAAUACCAAAUACAUUUAAAGGUUUAGAAAAACAUUAUACACCAAUGAAAAAUAAACAAACAAAUAUGACAUCAUCAUUUACUGAUAAUCAAAUAACACCAGCGGAUACAAAUAACAAAGAUAGAAGUCCAUGGCGAUUACGAUUUGAAAAAUUUUUAAAUCAUGAACAACCUACACCAUUAUCACCAUCAAUAGAAUCAGUUGUUCUUAACAAGACUAAAACUUCCUCAUUAGGUAAAGAAAAUCGUACACCAUCCUUUCGUCUUCCAGCACGACGAACAAGCAAAUUUAAUUUACCGUCAUAA